AUGAAGACGAUGAAGCGCCUCCUUUUCGUUUUUUUUGUUUUGCUUCUCGUCUCUGGGGUUAAAGCCCCUCUUCAGAAGGGCUAUGUGGUUGUGAGGGAGGAUAUUGCCCAGGAAGCGGUGACGGCCAUCAAGAUGAUGGUGGAGGAGAUGGCGAAGAUCGAAUCCAACGUCCGUCCGGUUCUCCCUUCAUGGGUCAUGGCCGCCAUGCUCCUGUCGCCCUUGUGGCUCCCAGUGGGGAUCUGGCUGGCCGCUCGUGCUGUUGUCCUUUGGGACAAGACAAUUCGUGACGCCCUGGCCGAUCCUGAUCGGCAUGGAUGGUUCUUGAGAGCAAUCCUGCUGGUGGACCGGAACCUGCUUUGGCAGUCUACGAGGGAGGACGGGGCCCUCGCUGCCGCUCAAGUCGAUGCCGCUGCUGCCCGGGCCGAGACCGCCGCCGCCCGUGCCGAGACCGCCGCCGCCC